AAAUGAAUCAUCGUUCAUUCUGUGAUGAUUGCGAUGGCAAUAUUGACGGCUCCCACCGAUUGUGGAAUGUGGGCGGUGGAGCGGGCGUCGAAAAAGUGGAUGUCCCAUUUUUUGCCAUCCGCAGGCGCAGGCAGCAAGUGAAAAACAAUCAUGGCAAACCGUCCAUUAUUCAUCCUCGCAUGAUCUCACCACCAUGUGUUACCAGCACUCAUUAUCGCACCCCGGUACCUGGCUGCCCGAAUCCCCCAACCGCCUCGAGGCUGGCUCAAAACUCUCCACGUUCGCCGGAGUCGAGUGCUGUGCAACUGCUCAACCACGUUCUUGUGUAUCCCCAGAGACCGCCACUUCACCUACUGAAAGAUUUCCUGGCGCUGUGCAACAGGCGGCAAUCCAGCGGUAACGACAAAUCACAAGAACCCGCGGACAUUAUGCAUGACUGCCUGAAGCCCGACCGCUUAACCCCACCAGCCGUCUGGGACCUUUUUGCCCCGGCAGAUGACUCCUCGAACCUCGCUACAUAUACCCAGCCGGGUAAGACGUGCCGGCAGGAACAAAAACAUUGAAAGGGGGUCCUUGUGGUCUGUCUAAUACUCUUAUGGGGGACUGCGGUCCUGGCGCCUGUUAUCUCGGGGCCGAGAUUUUUUCUAUAUUUUCCGAUCGAAAGUGGAGGCAAACAUUGUGCGUCUAUUCUGCCUUGGGUACCCAGAAGAGGAUGAUAGCAGACACUCCACCGGCAAAUCGGCUCAUUUGCUUACGAAAUGUCCUUCUGAAGAGGAGGAAACCAAACUCAUAGUGCUAUUGUACUUGAGCUCGACGUGGCACUGGUUAAGGGAGCUGUUGCAGAACGACUAAUCCUUCGGCAUACAGCUCAGGUCUUACAUGUCCUCUUUGUAGAUGGGACAGGUAAGUGGAGAGCCCUUCCCUACAAGGUGUUGCUACAAGGACCCCUCCACCUACAACUGCAGAUGCUGCUGGCUCCGCUCAAAAAAUAGGGUUGGUCCAUCUGGGGUACGCCAGCGGCUAUGUACCUAGAUACGUGUAAGAGCCUUAGGCAUGUAAGCUUCCUCGAGAGCCCUAAUGUUGGCCAAAUAUGCACUACCUACAGCUUUAGUAUCGG